GCGCCGCCGGCCCCGCCCCCGUGCCAGGUCCAGCUAUGGCGGCCAUGAGCCUGCUGCUUCGGGCAGCGGCUGCCUGGGGAGCUCGGCGGGUGGCGAGCGGCGCGGCGGGCAGCGCUCGCCUCCCCUGGCUCGUCGGGACCGCCCGCCUCCCCGGCACCGUCGCACCUGUGCGACAUAGCAGUGACCAUGGGAAGAGAAUGUUUAUUAUCAAGGCAACAAGUUUCUAUGAUACUCGAUUUCUGAACUUGUUGAGAUUCUAUAUAUUUCUGACGGGAAUACCAGCAGCACUAUUCAUAACAUAUGUCAACAUAUUCAUUGGUGAAGCUGAACUUGCAGAGAUUCCUGAAGGGUAUGUUCCAGAGUACUGGGAAUAUUACAAACACCCUAUAAGUCGCUGGAUAGCUCGUUACUUGCUUGAUCCCCCUGAAAAGGACUAUGAGAAACAGAUGGCUUUGCUUGAUGUUGAAGCGAAGAAAACUGAACUUAGGCUGAUGGAGUUGGAGGCACGUAAACUGAUGAGACACAGGGGAGAUGGACCUUGGUAUCAUUAUGAAACACCUGAUAAAAAUCUUGUUGACAAUUCUAUGAAAUCCACACCUGACAAUUAAACAAUUUUAAGACAAUACACAUGGUCUUAAAUGCAUACCGACAAAUUGUGACUGAGCUAUGUAAUAUACAUCCUGCUGUUUGCUGAUGGAAAUUAAUAAAAAUAAACAAUGUUUGUGUUGAUUCUGAUAA